AUGUCGAACGAUGCAUACGAGGACAGCGGCUCGCCACAUUUGAGAAUGUUCAAGACGAUCGGCCAGUUCCUCGCCAAGUUUGGACUGAACACCGAUGUCUGUCGUCAACUGGGUAAUCUACUGCGUGCAACCAGCGAGAUAUUUGAUAUCGAGCAGAAAGAAGCCUCAAUGAAGAUUGGCGUUAAUGCAAGGAGCGAAGAAACGAGACAAGCAGGCAGAGUCUGGCUCAGUGGGAUGAGAAUGGCCAUUGGGACAGGACUAGGAAAGUUAGGUGAUGCCGGUCUAAUGACUGAGGCGGACUGGCACAGAUUGAUUGAUCAAGUUGAGCACGAAGCUGAGGCAACUGGCUUCGUCCUGAGAUGGUGGGCUGCCUGGGGUAAGCGUAAGGCUUCUAUAUAA